AUGGAUCCUUUCACCACCCUGUACCUGGAUAUUAAAGAUGGCCAGGUUGCUGUAGCUACGCCUCCUCCAACAAUGCCCCCUACUUCCAUGUUCCAACUGCUCAUCCCUGGAGCAAGCUGUGGCUCCCCUGUGCUGCAGUUUGGAAGUUUGACCACCGUAUGGGGGAAGUCUGUUGGCUCGGAGGAGGUGGAGGCCACAGACGAUGCCCAAGACGCGUUAGAAUCUGCAUCAUCGUUGCAAACUCCUAAACCGGAGACUUCUCAGCAGUGUCGAGUGUGUUGCACCAGCCUGGAAGAGCCCGGGGCGCAGAUGAAGGCGGGCCUCAGCGUGAUCAUUAUUGGACACGUUAACUUCCUGCUGGGAGCCCUGGUGCAUGGCGUGGUGCUCAGACACAUCAACCUGCACAAGCAGGCCCGGGCCAUGGAGUACGCCAUCUCCAACGUGAUAGCCCUCGCUUCAGGGAUGGUGGGUAUCGUUGUUGGCGUUCUGUUUAUUGUCCUGUCAAAAAACAAGAAGAGCCGAUGCCUGGUGUGGUCACUGUUCAUACUCAGCCUGGCCUCGGCGGUCAUGACAGCGGCUUCAGCCGUUGGGUUAUUCGUCUCAUUGGUGAGGGCCAUUGUUCAUGGUGGGCGGAGCCUCCUGACUCACUGCCGCUUUCCUGAUGCCAUCGGUUACUCGAGCGUCACCAACGAGUGUCCUUUUGACCCAACUAGGAUCUAUAGUACCACUCUGAUCCUUUGGGUGCCCUUGAUCGUGACGUGCGUCAUUCAGCUGGUGUUUUCUGCCCGUUGCUUCGCUGCCUGCGUGUCCUUCCUGGGGCUGCCUUGUUGUCCGACACAGAGAAGCGUGGGACACCAAACCAGAGCAGUGAGUCUUCAAACACAUGUUGUGCUGUUUUAG